UAAAUUUUGAAUCUGAGAGUAGAGUUUGUGCUUUUGCCGCUGGAAAAUAUGCCAUCACUCCUGGAUACAGUGUGCCUUGCUAUAUGUACGUGGAUUUUAAAGAUAACAUUUAUGUAUAUUAUAACAUACAAAUAGACACUAAACCAGUGAUAAAUUUUGGUGAAGUAAUGCAUGACAGACACAUCAACAAGUAUGAAGCAUUACUAAAAUCUUAUGAUAAGGAUUGCGAACAAGAAAUCAAAACGUUCUCGUCGAAUAAAUCAUCACCUUAUCAACCGAUACCAAAGCUUACAUCCUUCUUUAAUCAAUGCUUGUACAAAUUGGAUAACUAUAGAAAUUGA